AUGUCCUACAACUGCUGCUCUGAAAACUUCUCCUCCCGCUCCCUUGGGGGCUACCUGCGCUACCCAGGCUCCUCCUGUGGCUCUUCCUAUCCAAGCACCCUGGUCUACCGCAUUGACCUCCGCUCUCCCGGCACCUGCCAGCUGGGCUCCUCUCUCUAUAGUGGCUGUCAGAAGAUCUGCUGGGAGCCCACCAGGUGCCAGACAUCCUGCUACCACCCGAGGACCUCCGCACUCUGGGGUCCCUGCCGUUCAACUUAUGCUGUGUCUCUGGGCUCUGGGUCCAGAAGCUGCUACUCACUGGGCUGUGGAUCCCGCGACUUCAGACCUCUGGGUUAUGGUGUCUGUGGCUUCCCUUCCCUGAGCUGUGGAGCAAGAUUCUGCCACCCAAUCUACUUUGCCUCCAGGAGCUGCUAA